AUGACUGUAAGUGUCUCACGUUGCCCCUGGUGCAAGGAGUCUUUUGGGUUGCAGCUCCUUACCAAAAUCGUUCUGCAGUACAAGUAUCCCAACGACUGGAAGAACGAAACCAAUCACACCGUCGAGGAGUUUUGCCCGCAUUGUCGAUGGAAUACCGAAAAUUCCAUGAUCGAGACCAUCGCAGCCGUAGAAAGCGCACCGCGGGAAAUGUUUAGAAACACACGCACUCUUUACAACAUCCUAAAAACUGUGAUCCUCAACGUAGGUUACAGUUGUCGAGAAAUGUAUGACAUGGUCGAUCAGUUGAUUUGCCAACUUUUGGCCAGGAUGAUUUUUCGCUGGCGCCGCGAGGUCGGGUUAUAUAUUAUCCACGAGGUAUUGUCUGAAAUAGAUAGAGACUGGCCCUCGGUGCAAUGGGGCGAGUGUGUAUGGAAGACCCUAGGCCGAUGUGCGUUGACUCAUUUCGUGCGGAAGAUUUCCAAGGCAAAGAAAGCCGACCAAAGGGUGGAUUUGCCAGACAUAGAUAUCGUAAAGGUUGCAGAAGACACCAUCCAAGAUGGUUGGGGUAUCGAAUUCGUGAUCGAAGACCUAGACGAAAUUCUAUCCACCAACGGUUUACUCGACGAUUAA